AACAUGAAUUUUAAAAAUGUAAAAAAUGAUCAGGAUUUGAUCCAGUGAUUUUAUCACACUUGUGAUUUGUGAUCAUGCGCAUAUCAGCUCAUCUGUGGUGACUGGGUGAUUGUGAUGAGCUGUGAUUAGCUGUGAUCUGUGGACUUGAUUUCUUGAUUAGAGAUUUUAUAACCUAUUUGUUUUAAUGUUGAUUUUUUAAUUUAAGAACUGUGCAAUACUCUCGUUAUCUUCAUCUCAAUAAUUUUUAAAAAUGGUGAAUAGUUUAGACAAAUUAGUUAAGGUAUGGAAAAUUGGUAAACUGGAUUACUGCCAAGGACUAAAACUUCAAAAACAUUUAUCUACUCUUCACAAUGAUGUAGAAAAUAGAAUUAAAAAUACGUUGCUCUGUUUAGAACAUUCACCUGUGUAUACUGUUGGAAUCCGUUCCAAUCAGUACACCGUACAUGAAGAAAAUGAACUAAGAAAAAAAGGUGCAGAGUUCCAUCGAACAAAUAGAGGUGGUUUAAUAACUUUUCAUGGACCUGGACAGUUAGUUGUAUACCCUAUUUUAAAUCUAAAACAUUUUAAACCAAGCAUGCGAUGGUACGUUUGUCAAAUUGAGAAAACCGUGAUAAAUUUGUGUAAAAAAUUUUAUUUACACGCAGAAACUUCGCCUCAUACUGGAGUUUGGAUUGGCGAUAAUAAAAUUUGCGCUAUAGGUAUUCACGGUAGUCGUUUUAUUACGACGCACGGUUUGGCAUUGAACUGUAACACGGAUUUAAAGUGGUUUGAUCAUAUUGUUCCUUGCGGAAUUGAAGGGAAAGGAGUUACAAGUCUAUCUAGGGAAUUACAAAGGAAUGUAACUGUAGAUGAAGUGAUACCUGAGUUUAUCAAAAGUUUCCGUUCUGUGUUCGAUUGUGAUACAACUGAUAUAUCUGAGCAGGAAGCUCAAAGUAUUUUGAGUCAACUUAAAAGUGGGCCAGAAGUGGUACAGAAUUUAGGAUAAAUUUAUUUUUGUAUAUAUAUUUUAUGUAACACUUUAAUUAGAACAUUUUUAAAUUGUGUUUAUUGAGC